AUGGUCGUCUACUCGUUUUACAUCUUUGAUCGCCACGCGGAAUGCAUCUACAAGCGCCGCUGGCUACCGCGCCCAACCUCCAUCGUGGGGAAAUCCCGGUCUGACACUACCUCCGGACAAGCACCGACCGCCCUUGGUCAAACAGUACGAUCGACAGACGAUGAUUCGAAGCUGGUGUUUGGAACGGUGUUUUCGUUGCGGAAUAUGGUGCGCAAACUAGGCGGGGAAGAUGACAGGGCAUGGCUUAGUUUUGUGUCGUUCACUACUAGCCAAUACAAACUGCACUACUACGAGACGCCGACGAAUACCAAGUUCGUCAUGCUGACGGACCUGAAGAGUCCCAGUAUGCGCAUCGCACUACAACAGAUCUACAUCAAUCUCUUUGUGGAAUAUGUUGUUAAAAACCCCCUCUCUCCGACCGAGCAUACCGGCGGUGUAGGUGUCAACAAUGAGCUUUUCGAGCAGUCAUUGGAACAAUUUGUGGUACGUGUAUAUCUCGCCCAGCAUCUUUCCGUAAUUGGUGACAGUUUUUCUGAUAUGGAAGUAGACUCAAGUUUUGUCAUGAUAUCGAACCGCAGCUAUGAUCGAAAUCACGAGUAA